UCUCUGUAUUUCUGGCUCUCUCUACAUUUUUAGGGUUUUAGCGAUGGAAAACUCUAAAAUUCCCCUUGAAGCCUAGGAAGAUGAAGCAGGUUCAAUCAUUGGCACAACACUUUCUUGUACCAACAACAAAGAAAACUCCAAAUCUUUGAAAUCUUUGAAGUUGGCUCAAUCAUUGGUAUUGACAUUGGCACAACGCUUUAUUGUUUUAGUGUCUACAAGAACAGGCAGGUUGAAAUUAUAGCCAACGACGAAGCAUGUCUUAUGUUUACUGACAGUGAGAAUCAGAUCGGUGAGGCUGCAAAGAAUGAGGCUGCUGUCAACCCUGAAAGGACUAUCUUUCACUUCAUAAAGCCAAUAGCAAGAAAUUAAGUUGUUUUGUUGAUUUGUUUUGUGAUUAUUUGUUUUGGUAUUGACAUUGGCACAACGCUUUGUUUUGAAGGAUGCAAUUUGUGUGCCCCAUUCGUGCUAAGAUCUCAAGCUGAGACAACUUCAACUCUUAAGCCAAGCUAUAUAAUGUGUGUUCAAGCUUGGCCCAUAAGAAGUUCAGGCGAGCUCGAGCUCAUAGCUCAUGCUCGAAUUUGGCCGGUGGUAGUCCAACGCAACAUUUCGUUUGCAUCUGUGAUGGAAAGCUCUAAAAUUCCCUCUAAAGCUUAUGAAGAUGAAGCAGGUUCAGUCAUUGGCACAAUGCUUUCUUGUGCCAAUGACCAAGAAAACUCCAAAUCUUUUGAAAUCUUUGAAGCUGGCUCAAUCAUUGGUACUAACAUUGGCACAAUGCUUUAUUGUGUUAGUAUUUACAAGAACGGUCAGGUUGAAAUUAUAGCCAACGACGAAGCAUGUGUUGCAUUCAUUGACUGUGAGAAUCUGAUUGGUGAGGUUGCAAAGAACCAGGUAGCUGUCAACCUUGAAAGGACCAUCUUUCACUUCAAAAGGCUAAUAGAAGAAAAGAUGCCAUUUAUGAGCACCUUUCGUGCUGAAGUUGAGAUCUUGAGCCAAUAUCUCAAGUUGAGACAAUCUCAGCUCUUAAGCCGAGCUAUGUAAUGUGUGUUCAAGCAUGGCCCAUAGAAAGUUCGGGCGAGUUCGAGCUCAGCACUCAAGCUCGAGUUUGUUAAGAAUGUCAUUUCGAGCCGAGUUGGGUACUUG